UUAAGGUGAUAGCAAACACGGAUAUCAAGCAUCUACAGAGGCCUUUGGAGUUACUGGUUACCAACAAGGGACCCAAAUUUCGCGAUUUUCUCGUGCUUCGCUGCAGCCAAGCGUUUUUCGGCAGCCUAGCUUCCAGAUAUUUGAAGCCAGCGACUCGGUUUACGGCAGUUCAACUGAUGAUAGAGAAGCUUGUGACUUUGAAGCAACUAAUGCAUUUACGGUGGUAAGAACGCCAAAAUCACGUGAAUAUUGCAGUCGUAAAUUGUCGGUAGGCGCAGAAACCUCGGAAGCUGGACAAGCUUCCUCAGUAGGCUCAUCAGCAGACAGUUCGGGUUACCUAGGCAAUAUUGCGGCUCAGGCAGCAAAUCGAUUAGCAUCUUUUCCGGAGGCUUUCCACUCUUCUGAACUCACAGAUGCGUCUUCGACUUGUCGACAGCUGACAUCCCAGUCUCAGGCAGCCAACUCACAGCAAGCUCAGCCUCACUUUCGCCCAAUCGGUGCCUCGAAUUCUUCUAAUUUAAAUGCUUGCCUCGGAAGUUUCAGCGUAUCAAAGCCAACGGUCUUUAACCAGAACGCUUCGGAGCGACUGCGUUUAACGCGAUCCAGUCAAAUAGGGCGGGCUGCGAGUGUUUCCGGUUGGAGCCAACUAGCUGGAGUGCAUGGGGGUGAGUCCGGUAUAUCAAAGCGCCCUGAUAUUUACAGAAUAUCAAUUAGCCAGUCGUCAAGCCCCCCAAUCUCGUUAACACCAUCAGAUGGUCAUUCAUUGAGUCGGUAUCCACUAACACCUCGGCCAACUGCUCUUGGCUCCCCACGUCUCAGAGGUCAACAACACCAACAGCAGCAGUCUACUACGUCUAACGUCACUGUAAUACCGGCCGGCUCUAGCUCAUCCGAAAAGACCCGGUUGCUGGCCCUCAGUCUCUUUGUCUUCUUCCGCCGCUGGACAAGGCUAUCUCGGCAUCGCCCCGUCCAUCGAAAUAAGCAGCGCUGA